GAUAAGCAAUAUAUAACUUGCAGAAUGUCCGCUCAGCAGAGUGAAACGGUCCAGGUAAAUCCGAAAGGUGCAGGACGCGAGCGGAUCGAGAAGAUGUCGGCAGAGGUGGUCGAUACCAAUCCCUACAGCCGCCUAAUGGCCCUGCAGCGUAUGGGAAUCGUGAAAGAGUACGAGAACAUCCGCCAAAAGAGUGUCGCUGUUGUAGGUGUCGGUGGUGUGGGCAGCGUUGCGGCGGAUAUGCUGACACGCUGCGGUAUCGGCAAGCUGCUGCUGUUCGAUUACGACAAGGUCGAGCUAGCCAACAUGAACAGGCUGUUCUUCACGCCGGAUCAGGCCGGCCUCUCGAAGGUGGAGGCCGCGGCCAAAACGCUCAGCUUCAUCAACCCGGACGUGACCAUUGAAACGCACAACUACAACAUCACCACGGUUGACAACUUUGGUCAGUUCAUGGAGACGAUCAGCAGCGGGGGCGUGCUACCUGGUACGCCCGUCGAUCUCGUCCUCAGCUGUGUGGACAACUUCGAGGCACGCAUGGCUAUCAACACGGCGUGUAACGAGCUGUCGCAGCACUGGUUCGAGUCGGGUGUGUCGGAAAACGCCGUCUCCGGGCACAUCCAGUUCCUGCGACCGGGUGAAACGGCCUGUUUCGCCUGUGCUCCACCACUGGUGGUGGCGGAAAACAUCGACGAGAAGACGCUCAAGCGGGCGGGCGUAUGUGCAGCUAGUCUGCCCACCACCAUGGGCAUUGUGGCCAGUAUGCUGGUACAGAACGCGCUCAAGUAUCUGCUCCUGUUCGGUACCGUAUCCGACUAUGUCGGCUACAAUGCCCUGACGGACUUCUUUCCUACGAUGGCACUGAAACCGAACCCAACCUGCGACGAUCGGUGGUGCGUUAAGCGGCAGCAGGAAUACCAGGCACGGCCGGAAGACGAACGGAAUCCGCAGCACCAGCAGGAACAAUUGGUGGCUGCGCCGGUGCACGAAGAAAAUCCGUACGGCAUAGAGCUGGUCGCCGAGGAUGAGCCGGUGGUGCAGGUUAGCGCAGGUAGGCAGACCACCAAACUGGCGGAAGGAUUGAGGCAGGCCUACGAUGCUCCACUAGCAGCGGUGCAGGAUGAGACGGGUGGGUCCCAGGCAGCAACCGAUGCCGACGAUGACACUAGCCUCGAUCAGCUGAUGGCGCAGAUGGCGAGUAUGAAUCGUUCGUAAAAGCGUCACGGCUCGUGGAACCAUCCCGUGCAUCCCCACGAAGCCAGUGGAAUCUGUUGCCCCUUGUGGACAUACGGAUUCAGCUUCAAUUUAUGCUUCCGUAGUUUGAUGCGUGUCUGGCACGGCACGGCAAAGCAAAGCAGGUCGGCCGUUGUACCUUUUGCUGUGGAUCCGUAUUAUUAAGCCGCCGCCGUCGACAUCGUCGUCGUUUCGCUACAGCUUUCCAAUAUAUCGUUUGUUGUAAUCGUGAUCGGGUGCUACAGCGAAGCAUUUGUGAUUCUCGCUAGUAGCGACAACUUUCUACUACUGCCGAUGCCGCGGAGCAACGUACUAUUCCACAACACUCGUGUACUGUUUAUUUUUUUAUUUUCCAUAUUUUAUCACACACAUACAAACACUUCUAAAAAUAUAUAUAUUUAUACAUAUAUA